CCACCUACAAUAUCAGGCAGGCCGCCAUUACUGAGCUGCCGAGCCCAUCGCAACGCGGAAGCGCCACCACCUCAUGCCGCUCCCGGCCUACCCUGCCCUGCUGCGAGUAGCGCGCCAUAGCUCGACAGCUACCACUCGUAGCUAGUACCAGUGACACCACUGUCUCUCGCAAGCUACCAUUCGCCUGCUGCACCUGCGCUGCUGUACCUGCAGUGUGCCACCACCGGACGCUCGUUCCCAUGGCGGCGGCCUCCGACAAGCUGCUGCCCGCGCUCGCCGCCGCCUUGCUCUGCUGCGCCCUGGCGCGGGUCGCCCAAUGCGGCGGCGGCGCCCCGCAGAACUACACCUCCAUGUUCAGCUUCGGCGACUCGCUCACCGACACCGGCAACCUGCUCGUGUCCAGCCCGCUCUCCAACCACAUCGUCGGCCGCUACCCCUACGGCAUGACCUACUUCCACCGCCCCACCGGCCGCUGCUCCGACGGCCGCCUCGUCGUCGACUUCCUAGCGCAAGCGUUCGGCCUGCCGCUGCUGCCGCCGUACCUGCAGUCCAAGGGGAAGGAUCUCCGCUGCGGCGUCAACUUCGCCGUCGGCGGCGCCACCGCCAUGGAUCCGCCCUUCUUCCAGGAGAUCGGCGCGUCUGACAAGCUAUGGACCAACCUCUCCCUCAGCGUCCAGCUCGGAUGGUUCGAGCAGCUCAAGCCGUCGCUCUGCAGCUCACCAAAGAAGUGCAAGGAGUACUUCAGCAAGUCCCUGUUCCUCGUCGGAGAGAUUGGGGGAAACGACUACAACUACGCGUUCUUCAAGGGCAAGACCCUGGACGACGCCAAAACUUACGUUCCCACGGUCGCCGGCGCGGUCACCGAUGCCACUGAGAGGCUGAUCAAGGCCGGCGCGACGCACCUGGUGGUGCCGGGGAACCUGCCGAUGGGCUGCUCGUCGGCGUACCUGACCCUGCACCCCGGCCGGAACGGCAGCGACUACGACUCCGCCGGCUGCCUCAAGACGUACAACGACUUCGCGCAGCACCACAACGCCGUGCUCCAGCAGAAGCUACAGGCGCUCCGGGCCAAGUACCCGCAGGCCAGGAUCAUGUACGCCGACUACUACGGCGCCGCCAUGUCCUUCGCCAAGGACCCCAAGCAGUUCGGGUUCACGCAAGGUCCGCUGCGGACGUGCUGCGGCGGCGGCGGGCCGUACAACUUCAACCCGAAGGCGAGCUGCGGCGUGCGGGGGUCGAGCGUGUGCACGGACCCGUCGGCGUACGCCAACUGGGACGGCGUGCACCUGACGGAGGCCGCCUACCACGCCAUCGCCGACAGCAUCCUCAACGGCCCCUACACCAGCCCCAGGCUCCUCUAUGAUGACGGCGACCAAGUGUUACCAAGAUUUGGAAUCACCGAUCCCUCUCCUGGUUCCCUCUAUAUAUGCACUCCGAAUGUCCGCCAUGAUACGCACACCAACACGUACCGGCGUGCCACCAUGAGGGUUCCCGUCGCCGUGCUCCUCCUCGUCGUGCUCCCGUGCCUGCUCCACGGCGCGGACGCCGCCGUCCGCUGGCCCAAGAAGCCUUUGUUGUUCCCGGCCAUAUUCAGCUUCGGCGACUCGUACGCCGACACCGGCAACUACAUCAUUCUGGAGGGGGGCAGGCCGUUCAACUACUCCCCCUACGGCGAGACCUUCGGCCGCCCCACCGGCCGCGCCAGCGACGGCCUCCUCGUCAUCGACUACGUCGCGAAAGGUGUGGGUCUGCCGUUCGUGCCGCCGUACCUGGCCAAGGGCCAGAACUUCAGCGAGGGCGCCAACUUCGCGGUCAUCGGGGCGAGGGCGCUGGACCAGGCCUACUUCCUGGAGCAGAACGUCACCUCGCCGGCUCCGAUGAUGAACAGUUCUCUCGGCGUCCAGCUGCGGUGGUUCGAGGAGCUCAAGCCGUCGCUCUGCAACAACGCCACCAAAGGCGGCGGCUGCCGUGACUACCUCGGCAGGUCCCUCUUCGUCCUGGGAGAGUUCGGCGGCAACGACUACCUCGCCUUCCUGACCGCCAAGGGCGUGGAGCAAACCACACGAGCCUACGUCCCCGUCGUUAUUGACACCAUCGCCGCCGGCGCAGAGAGGCUGAUCCGGCACGGCGCCAGGCGCCUCGUGUUGCCGGGGAACAUACCCAUGGGGUGCCUCCCUGCCAUCCUGACGCUGUACGCGAGCCCGGACGCGGCGGACUACGACGGCUACAGGUGCCUCCGGAAGUUCAACGCCCUGGCACGCUACCACAACGAGCUCCUCCAGGGCUCGGUCCAGGCGCUCCGGGCCAAGCACCCGCACGCCGCGAUCGCCUACGCGAACUACUACGAUUCCGUCCUCGCGUUCCUCACGACGCCGGGCUUCUUCGGGUUCAACGGCAGCGCGACGCUGGUGGCGUGCUGCGGCAGGUACAACUUCAGCCCCGCCGCGUUCUGCGGCUUCCCCCCGGCGACGGCGUGCGCGGACCCGGCCAGGGCGGUGAGCUGGGACGGCAUCCACAUGACGGAGGCGGCGUACAGGAGCAUCGCCGGCUCGUGGCUGCUCGGCCCGUUCGCGGAGCCGCCGAUACUGACCCUCGCUCUCGCGCCUUGAUCCACGUGUUUGGUUUGAAUUGCAAGGAAUUAACGGGCCGUGCAGAUGCAUUUGUGCACGCCCAUGCUGCAUACCGUCCUUGGUUUCGUUCGUAUCGCUACGUGCAGCAUGCAUGGGACUUUUCUCGACUAU